AUGCAACAAUAUAAAAAAAUAGAAGAAUAUCUGCAUACAUUACCAUGUGGAUGUGGUCAGCAAAAAACAAAUGCUACUAAUUUUGGUAUAACAGGUGGAGUUCAUGCAACUCUAUCUGAAGUAUUAAAUUUUUCAAUGCCAAGUCUUCGAAUGAAUUCAUUAGAUGAAAAACGACGAAAAAAAAUUUUCCAUAAUUUAGAAUCCUUAAAAGGUUGGAUUACAAAAGACAUCGAUUUUGAUGAAACAAAAAGAUUCGAAAUAGUUAAAGUAUUAUAUAAAAUAGCUCGAGCACUUCGACAAUUGGCUUUUGACGUACAACCAUCAUUACCUGAUAUAUUUUUAUGGAUGAUAUGUGACUCAAAACGAGUCGCUUAUUCUCGAUUAUCACCGGAAGAUCUUCUUUACAGUACAUGUGAAGGUGAAAAAGGUUUAUAUAAUGGUCGAAUACAAACACUCUUUCUUCAAAAACCACGUACUUCGGAUAAACCAAUAAAACCAUCAAUGAAUGCUAAAAUACAAAUAUUUCUUUGGCUUGGUACCGAAGAACAAGAACUAAAUAUAUUUAAACAAUUACCUCCUGGAUUUGAUAUACCACAAUCAAAAUUAUCUAAUGACAUAAAAUAUAUACAAUAUAAUGGAAAAUCGUUUUAUGAAUUACGAUGUCAUUGUUAUAAAGCAAGAUCAUUAAAUGCUUCGGAUGAAACAGGUUUCUCUGAUCCUUAUUUAAGUAUUACAGCUGGUAAUGAAACACAAACAACACCUAUUCUCAAACAAUCAUUAUGUCCACAGUGGAAUAUAACAUUAGUUUUUCGAAAUUUAAUGCAUGUUGGAAGUCGAGAAACAGCUGAACAAACCAUUGGAAAUGUUGUUGUUGAAUGUUAUGAUUAUGACGAAUCCGAUAAUGGAUCUGAUUUGAUAGGUCGAUUGUCAACAACAGCUAAACUUGAUCUAUUUAAUGGAGAUGAAUCAAAAAAAGACUCAUUAUUUCAAUGGUAUGAAUUUAAAUUAGGUGAAAAAAGAGCUGGAGAAGUUUUAGCUGUAUUUGAACUAAACGAAGUUAAUUCGGAAACUCAACAAAUUGAAUCAAUAUUUGAUCUUGAAGAAAUUGAAAUUACACCGGAAAAUUUUCCACCUAAUUCAUAUAUAACUAAAUUGUUAAAAAAUAAAGUUUAUAAUAUUCCAUACAUAAUUAUGCCUGAUUUAAAACCAUAUGAAAUAGAAGUUAUAUUUUGGGGUUUACGUGAAUGUCGUCCAAUUAAUUUUCAAUCAAUUCAACAAGCUGAAGUAUCAAUUGACUGUGCUGGUGCACGUAUAACUAAAAUCAUAAAAGAUGUAGAAAAAUAUCCAAAUUUUGAAUCAACACCCACAGAUUCAGACACCUACAAAAUUAUAGUUGAUUUACCAAAAGAUAAUACUUUUUGGCCACAUUUAAGUAUUUGUUGUGUACAACACCGUCUUUUUGGAAUGAAAGAGCCUGUCGGUAAUCUGGUCGUAACUGAUUUACAAAAAUAUCUUGAAAAACCAAAUAUUACUUCAACAUCAAAUAAUGCAGCGGACACUGACACAGUUAAUGAAAUUUCAAAAAGACGUCCAGCUGACCUUCAUCAUAUUCGACGAUCAGUUUAUGAUGCUUAUGAAGCCACAUUAACUACUAAAAAUGACAGAUUAACAAGGAGACAAAUAUUAAUGCUCGAAAACGAAGCAGGUCAAACAAAACUUCUUAAUGAAAGUCAACAAGCAAUAAUUAAUGCUGAUUCAUUGGAACUAGAGAAUAGCAAUGAAACUUAUGAAACAUCAGAAAAAAGACAAAUUUCAAACGAUUCUGAUAUUAAAUUGGAAUCAUCUGUUGAUAAUUGUCAACAAUUAACAACUUUAGAUAGAUCAAAACGAAACCAAAUGGAAAAAUCUGCUACUUGGUGGAGUAAAUAUUAUGCAUCAAAAGCUAAACUCAGAUUAGAAAAAAAAUUAAAAACUGAUUUCGAUGAAGGACUUCAAUUAAAUUAUAAUGUUUAUGCUGAUUUAUUUGGAGAUGAAUCAAAAGUUCUUUCUAAACAACGUUGGGCAUUUUUGAAUAAAGCUAAAAAAGCUUUUAUGCGUCUUGGAAAAUUUGGUAAAGACUUUGAACGUUUCGCUGUUAAUGAAUUCACAUAUCUUGCUGAAUAUUCAAAAUCUAAAUCAGUUAUUGAUGAAAGUUUAGAUAUUAUUGAAACUGAUCGUCUUAAAGAAUUAACAUUACUACAAACAUUUGAUAUUAUUGAAACAGAAUUGGAAAAUGUUCAUGAUUAUGAAGGAUUUAAUGAUUUUCUUGAUAAAUUUCCUUUAUAUAAAGGAAAAGGUACAAAUCGUUCAGAUGAAAAAGGAAAUGAAAAUCGUACUUAUGCCAAGUUUAAGGGAAAACUUCGUAUUCGUGAAAUCACAUCAGGUGAACGUCGUAGGACUUCACAGAGUAUUAGAAGAAUGUCUCGACCAUCAAUUAAUCCAGUUUUACUCAGUGGUCAAAUCGAAUCCGAAACAAAGCAAAAAAUUGCUUCAAGUAUUCAUUCAUAUCAAGAAAUGCUUCAAUUUGAUUUAAAUCAACACCCAAUUACACUUAAAUGUCGAUUAUAUAUAAUAAAAGCAUUAUUAUUUCGUACUUGGGAUGCAUCAGGUAAAGCUGAUCCAUAUAUUAAAAUUGUAAUAAAUAGAGAAGUUAUUAUCGACGAUGUUAAAGAUAGACUUUAUAAUACAUUAGAACCUGUUUUCGGAAAAUCUUAUGAAUUCGAAGUUACAAUUCCUCAACAAUCAUUAUUACGUAUUCAAAUUUGGGAUUGGGACUUAGCAAAUUUAGAUGAUAGAAUUGCUGAAACAAGUAUUGAUAUUGAAAAUCGUUGGUUUUCAUGUCAUAGAGCAACAUGUGGUUUACAAAAAAGAUACGAUAGUGCUGGUUAUAAUGUUUGGCGUGAUACAAAAACGCCUGUUGUUAUUUUAAAUGAAAUAUGUCGAACAGCAAAUUUAAAUUUACCAGUUUAUGCAACAGAUUGUCGUUCAUUAAAUAUUGGUGAUACACGUUUUGAUUGUGAUCCGGAAUGUAUUCAAUUUAUAAAUGAUGGAAAACCAAAUGAUCUGUCACAUCGUAAAGUUCAUCAUGAAUCACCAGAUGAAUAUAUUCGACAAAAUACAGCAUUGGCUGCACUUCACGGAUGGGGAAGAAAAAUAAAUCCAAAUGGUGCUUUAGUAUCUGAACAUAUUGAAUGUCGAUCACUUUUUGAUCCUAAAUUUCCCGAUGUCGAACAAGGCAAAUUGGAGAUGUGGUUAGAUAUAUUUUCAAUGUCUCGUCCACCAUCUAGUGCACCAGUUGAUAUAACACCAUUAAAACCAAUGCCUUAUCAAUUACGUGUAACUAUUUGGAAUACAUCAGAUGUUGAAUUAAAUGAUGAAAAUUUUGUAACGGGAGAAAAAACCUCGGAUAUAUACGUAAAAGCAUGGAUUUUAGGAGAAAAAGAUGAUGGACAACAAACUGAUAUUCAUUAUCGAUCAUUAACAGGCGAAGGCAAUUUUAAUUGGCGAUUUAUUUUUGAUUUUAAUUAUAUAGAUAUUGAAGAAAAAAUAGUUCAUGAAAAAAAAGAUUCGGUUUUUCAAAUUGGAAAUACAUUGAAAAAAGUUCCACCAAGAAUUGUUAUUCGUAUUUAUGAUGCUGAUCUUUUUUCAGCUGAUGAUUUUCUUGGUGAAUGUAUUCUUAGUCUGACACAUUUACCAAUUGGUGCUAAACUAUCAAAAAAAUGUAAAUCUGAUAUUUUACUUGAUUCAAAACAUCGAUCAUUAAAUUUAUUUUUAAACAAACGAAUUGCUGGUUGGUGGCCAAUGAUUGCUCCAUUGAAAGUUGGAGAAGUUCGUGAUACAGCUCUAUUAGGAGGUAAAGUUGAAGCUGAAUUUAGUCUUCUUACAGCUGAAGAAGCUGAAAAAAAUUCUGUUGGUAAAGGACGUGAAGGACCACAACCACUUGAUGAACCAAAUCGUCCGAAAACUUCAUUUUUAUGGUUUACAUCUCCAUGGAAAACAUUUCGAUAUGUUAUUUGGCGUAAUUUUCGAUGGACAAUACUUAUUACCAUAAUUAUAUUUAUUUUUGUUCUUUGUCUCUUAAUUGGUUUAUGGUCAGUGCCGGGAGAAUUAGUUGGAAUUGUUUUAAAUAAAAUUUUUAAAACAGAUACCGGCAAAAAAUAA